AACGCCUAUUCUAUAGCACCUAUGCGGAACGAGGCCCGGCCACAUUAGCGCCUCGGUCCAGCUGUACCCAGCACAAGACCCAACCUGGAAGGUAAUCCCAGCGCGUCAUGGCCAAUCUCCUUGCGUUGCGAACUGCCAAAACCAAAACCAAAUCUUCGACUUCGCAUCUGAAGCCUCUCCGUCUUCGCUCUCCAACAACCCGCCUCCUCCUCCCCACCCAUCAGGCUCUGCGUCCCUACAGUCGUGCAGUCGCCCGGCCAUGGCUGACGCAGAGAACAACUAUGGCUUCCCCGACGACAUGGGCGGCGACGACGACCAGUCCAUCGUCUCGACCCGCGGUCUCGAGGCAUUUGGCCGCAAGGUCACCACCACAGCCAGUCAUCUGAUGGGUCCCAACGCCGAUGCCGCCGCCGCUCACUACCAGACCGCAAUGGCCGAGGUCCACAAGCAGAUGAAGCGGCCCACCGUCCAGCGAAGCAUGUUCUCAAUGGCCAGGACGACUCCGACCGACCUCAUGCGCUCAAAGCUCUCGUCCCACGAGAUUCGCCAUCGUGCCCUGACGUAUCUUCCCGACGAGCUGCUCGCCAACAUCCCCGACCAUGAGAACGCAUAUUCCCUCUUCCAAGGCUUCCAGGCAAGCUUUCCCGAGCUGACUGAGGAGGGCAAGAAGUUCCGGCGGAGGGUUUCCCGCGGACGCAAGAUGCUUGAGGAUACAGAGGCAACGCCGGGGAGCCCAAAGCGACUCGCACAACUAAAAAAGGAGAGGGCCGCCAUGCUGCAUGAGUUUGGGCUCCUAGGCACCCGAAAGAGCAUGGCCAGCUACGAAAUUCGGGAAAUCGAUAACAAGAUUGCCAACCUGCACGGCAUGCGCAGGAUAAUUUUGGACCGGCUGGCCGUGUUGGAGCAGGAUGAGGCGUUGCUGGAGCAUGACGUUGUCGAUAUGGACGUACGGAUAGAGGAGGCCCAGGUGCUAGUUGAUGAGGCGGAGGAGAUUGCACGGAACACGCGUACGAAAGACGAGCAGGACCUUGUCGGCGAUGCUGAUGACCACGAUGCCGAAUUUAUGUCACAAUCCGUCUACCAAAAACUUCCUGGCUCAGAUGGCACCAUGCCUUCCCGAAAAACGAAAAAGGUCCACCGGAAACAAUCUAUGCCAAUACUGCAUGAGCAUUUCGAGCCCGGAACUAACAUCCGCGAAAUCCGUGCACACAAGGAUAACAUCACAGCAAUGGAUUUCGAUGCCCCCUUCGGGACUAUGGUUACGGCUGCGCUCGAUGACACCGUUCGAGUCUGGGAUUUGAAUGCGGGCAGGUGUAUGGGCUUCCUAGAGGGCCAUACAGCAUCAGUGCGCACUCUGCAGGUUGAAGACAAUAUUCUAGCGACAGGAUCCAUGGAUGCCACGAUCAAGCUGUGGGAUCUCAGCAGGGCGCAAUACGACCCGCACGGUGGACUCGGGAAAGAUGAUGAGGACGAGGAUGCCAUCGCGUUCGGAGCCGACGAUCAUCUUGAGCCUCCUCCGGGCAGCAUGGCCGACUGCCCGCUCUUCACCCUCGAGGCACAUGUGGACGAGAUCACCGCACUUCACUUCCGCGGAGAUGUUUUGGUAUCAGGCUCCGCAGACAAGACUAUCCGCCACUGGGAUCUAGAGAAGGGUCGCUGCGUGCAAACAUUGGACGUAAUGUGGGCAGCCGCGGCCAACCUCGGCAAUAACGAAAGCACCUGGAGGCCAACUGGACGAUCCCAGUCUAGCUCGGCAGACUUUGUGGGCGCCCUGCAAGUGUUUGAGACUGCCCUCGCGUGCGGUACUGCUGAUGGUAUGGUCCGCCUGUGGGAUCUCCGGAGUGGACAAGUCCAUCGAAGUCUAGUUGGGCACACCGAUGCCGUGACAUGCUUGCAGUUUGAUGAUGUCCACUUGGUUACUGGAAGUGCGGACAGAAGCAUUAGAAUAUGGGAUCUCCGGACAGGGUCCAUCUACGACGCUUAUGCGUAUGACAACCCCGUCACCAGCAUGAUGUUUGAUACACGAAGGAUUGUAAGUGCUGCCGGCGAAGACAUAGUGAAGGUGUACGAUAAGGUCGAAGGACGACAAUGGGACUGCGGCGCUGGCAUCACCGCGGCCGAGGAGGGCAAGACUCCCGCCAUUGUUGAGCGUGUAGGUGUACGAGAUGGAUAUCUAGUCGAGGCUUAUGCGGUUGCGCAACCGUCUUAUCACGGCUGCAAUACGCCGGGGAGGCUACCCGGACUCAAGGAUGGAGAUGGAGAUGGAGACGACGUUCAGAGUAGCAGCAUAUGCUCUCGAGACGGACACGACGUGCGGGAUCCGGCUGUGGUGGCUGUGACGGAGCUGCUCUCCCGGCAAGCUCGCAUCCUCAUCAAGCUUCAUGUCGCCCUAGCCGCAGACUCCAAUGCGGUCCACGGCGUAGACGAGGCGCUAUUCAAGAAGAGGGUUGCCGAUUUGGUCUCCAUUGCCAACUCCAAGUUCUACGCCUACCGCUACGACCGCCUCCCGGCCAUCUGGCGCCAGAUCUACACUGACACACUCAUCCUGGAAACACAUCACCUUCUCUUACGACCACUGCUCGCCGCGCAAGCUCUCCCUGAAGACACGCUCGAUGAUGUUGUCAAGGCGCUUGAUAGGGCGCUCAUCACGGCCGGCGGCGGUGGCCGACAGCAGUGGCUGGAGAAGACGUUGCAGAUGCUGGAGGGUGUUUGGUCUGGUGCCGAGGAACACGACGACGAGAGGCCGUCAAAACGCCAACGCAAAGGCUCGGUACUCCACCACAACUUCUCAACCGAUGAGCCGUUCGGGAGGCCUUCGCUGUCGUCAAAAUGGGCGUGUCCGCGGUAUUCAGGGUGGACGUUGGAGCAGUUCGAGGAAUACAUGAACAGCCCUGGACGGGCACCGUGGCCCAUCGUCCUCACUGACCUGAUCGGGAACUGGCCCGCCCUCACCGACUGUCCAUGGAAGAGCCCGGAGUAUCUGUUAUCCAAGACGUUCGGAGGGAGACGCCUCGUGCCUGUCGAGGUUGGGCGCAGCUACGUCGACGACGGCUGGGGCCAGGAGCUGAUACAGUUCCGCGAGUUCCUCACCCGCUAUGUCGACAACCCCAAGCCCGCAUCACCAACUACGACGUCGUCCUCGCCCACCGGCUACCUCGCCCAGCACAACCUCUUCCAGCAGAUCCCCUCGCUCCGCAACGACAUCUGCGUCCCGGACUUCUGCUGGGCCGACGUGCCCGGCCACCCGCUCUCGGCCUCGCACGACCAGCCGCCCGUCGACGUGCCGCAGCUCAACGCCUGGUUCGGCCCCGCGCGCACCAUCACGCCGCUGCACACCGACGGCUACCACAACCUGCUGUGCCAGGCCGUCGGCGCAAAGUACCUGCGGCUGUAUCCGCCGGGGGCCACGCGCCACAUGCGGCCGCGCAACCCGGAGCACGGCGUCGACAUGAGCAACACCAGCGCGCUCGACGUGGGCGUGAUCGAGGGGUGGGAUCCGCUGCCGGAAGGCGUGAGCGAGGAGGAUGUGCGGCGGGUCAGGGAGGAUCUGGAAGACGUCGAGUACAGGGAGUGUAUUCUGGAGCCUGGGGACACGCUGCUGAUUCCCAUCGGGUGGUGGCAUUAUGUUCGGAGUCUGAGUGUGAGCUUCAGUGUAAGCUUUUGGUGGAACUAGAAGAUAUCCGGCUCUGAGAAAGAAAGACGGUGAUGAGAAGUACGGGCGUCUUCUUCUCCCCGACUAUGAUGGCAAGCUCAACGCUGCAUACCACAUGAUAUCAGUUCUAGUCGGGGAGGACGCAAUACAUGGGACGGAAGUUGGUUUCUCAAGCGGGAAAUGAAAUACGAGC